AUGUCUCUUUCGCCUCCCACCCAGGAGAGCUACCUCGUCAUCGGAGGAUGCGGCUUCCUCGGACGACACAUCGUUGAGGCCCUCGUCGGCCGUGGCGAGAAGAACGUCUCCGUCUUUGACAUCGUUCAGAGGCAUUUCGACGACAACAUCAACUUCUACACCGGCGACAUUACGAAGGUUGAGGAUGUCUCGGACGCUAUUAGGAAGGUGUGUGAGCGGAGAGCGCAGCUUCGAUGUUUCCCAGAAGCUGACCCGCAGUCGAACGCCAAGAUUGUGAUCCACACGGCGUCGCCUCCCCACGGUCUCGGACGGGAAGUGUACGAGAAGGUGAACGUCGAGGGCACGAAGAUUGUGAUCGAGGCGUGCAAGUCCGCCGGCGUCCCGAAGCUGGUGUACACUUCUUCCGCCGGAGUCAUCUACAGCGGAAAGGAGAACCUGAUCAACGCGGACGAGCGCAUCAAGUACCCGAAGGUGGCCCUCGAUGCCUACAACGAGACGAAGGCCAAGGCCGAGGAGCUGGUGCUGGAGGCGAACGGCGACGAGCUGCUGACCUGCGCUCUGCGACCGAGUGGUAUCUUCGGCCCUGGCGACCGACAGGCGAUCUCUGGCUUCUACUCGGUGGUCAAAAACGGACAGACCAAGUUCCAGAUCGGCUCGAACGAGAACCUCUUCGACUGGACUUACGUCGGCAACGUGGCGCACGCCCAUCUUCUCGCCGCCGACAAGCUCGACACCACGUACCCUGUUGAGGGCCUCCACCUUCCCCUCCCCAAUGUCGACUUGUCGCUCGGCCACCACCGCAUCCCGACUUCCAAGGCGCACCCUCUCGGCCCCAAGGUCAACCCCACUCCUGAGGACCAGGUUUGCGCCGCGCGCUUCGAGAGCGACGAGGUCGACCCGUCCGACCUCCGCCCCGUCCUCCGGUCGCGCAUGGACCAGUUCGCCGAACUCGCCGAUACGGACGACAACGGCGACGGCCCCGCGCCCGGCGCCAAGGUCGCGGGCCAGGCAUUCUUCAUCAACAACUGCGAGCCCGUCGCGUUCUGGGACUGGACCCGUGCCGUCUGGCGCGAGCUCGGCCACAUCCCGCCCUACACCAUUGUCCUCCCGACUGCGCUCGGUUUGAUCCUGGCGACGCUCGCCGAGAUCUUCUCCAAGCUCACCGGCCGCGAGCCGGGCUUCACCCGUUUCCGCGUCACCUUUGCGACGCAGCAGAGGUACUAUGACUCGGAGCGCGCAAGGAGACUCCUCGGCUACACCCCCAUUGUGGGCGUCGUCGACGGCCUCGAGCGCUGGACGAGCUGGUACAAGGAGGAGCUGGCCAAGGCGGGCGAGCCCAUCCAGGAGACGGAGAAGACCAAGUAG